AUUCAAAUCGUCAUCGCUGUUCUUCGAAAUGUUGCAAUAUCCUCAAUUUGGUUCUUGGUGAUGCAUUGGCCGUAUAGAUAUUGCAUGUGCAUACGUUAAACUAUUGGUGAAAACUGACAAGCGAGUCCGUGUAAUUCAUACAGUAGGUAUAUUCGACACAACAAGGGCUUUUCCACGAUAUUUGAGCGAGAUGAAAAUGAGCUUCUUGUCGGGUUUAUACGAGAAAAUCGUCCCUGGCCAUCAUCAGGGAAACAAGGGACGAUCUUAUGAGAUUGAUAGCCGCUUUGGCGAGCAAAAAGAAUUCGACGAAGAAGAUGGAUUUGUGUUUUUAUCAGCCUCGAACGAUCAACCACCACCAUGUCAACAACAACAGAUAAGUAAUUCAUAUGGGAAAGUGGCAUUUGAUCAGAUGCAGCAGAACUCAUCUACAUCUAAUAGCUGUUAUGGAGGUUAUUUGCAAUGUGAUAGUUUGCAACAAGGUGGACAAAAUAAAGUUCAACAGGCAACAGAUAUCUCAGAGAGGACAUUUCUUACUGUUACAGAUGUACCUUUCAAGUGCUGCAAGAUCUUGGAAACAAUUCAAAGUAGCAGAAGUGAUACCCAGAGAUAUGAAACUCAACCUUCUCUUAACUUGGACCAAUAUCUUUAUGACUUCUCUCUAGAGAGAAGUGUUUUAAGAGAACUAAAUUCACAGCUUCAGACAUAGUACAGUAUUUUUAUUAUACAAUUGUCAGUAUCAUUGCCAACUCGUUGGUCAUCUGAAUUACCAAUCUUUUAUUCUCCAGGCGAGGAGCUUAUUUUAAAGAAGAGAUAAUUUCAGAUUUUGUAUUAUUUCUAGAUAAAAAAGUGCGGCAGGAAGUCAGUUAUUGUAAGGUUGAUUCUCACUUGGACGCAAUCCCAAGCGCAAAGCGCGCUAUUUUUCGAUCUUCACUGGAACGCAAGCAAAAGCAAUCACAAGAGAACGAAACUGCUUGAUUUCUCUCGCUUGUGCUUGUGUUUUACCGAUACUCACUUGUGUUGUGCUUGGGCUUGUGUCGUAGGCCUGGUUUCCAUAUAGUCGUAACAUGCGUAGUCUAGGGUUUGACCCCCGAGCUGAAGACAAGACUCACGAAGGUUAUUGGCACUUGAAGGAGUAGCCCCUUUAACUGCCGAUGGUGAUAGGUAAUGAUUUCUUUUACAGAGUAGCGCUUUUCGAGCUAUUUUGAUACACAUCAAGUGUUAGCCAUAGUGUAGGUAUGUAUAUUACUCCCUCUCCCUACCAAUAUCAGGAAGAUGACCAAGGGGACAAAAAUAUUUUGUUGGGCUCUCUAAAACCAUUUCCGUCUUUCCUCUGAUAGUGUUUGUUGAAUAAACUACGGAAAACUCC